UGACAGUUUGAGCUUACUUUUAGCUUUUUCUGGCUAGACAGGAACAUGUCAGAGACCGCUCCCGUUGCUCCCGCCGCGCCCGCACCUGCGGAAAAGACACCUGUAAAGAAGAAGGCGAAAAAGGCUGGCGCCGCCGCUGGAAAACGCAAGGCGUCUGGCCCUCCGGUGUCCGAGCUCAUCACCAAGGCCGUGGCCGCCUCCAAGGAGCGCAGCGGCGUAUCUCUGGCCGCGCUCAAGAAGGCGCUGGCGGCCGCGGGCUACGACGUGGAGAAGAACAACAGCCGCAUCAAGCUGGGCCUCAAGAGCCUGGUGAGCAAGGGCACCCUGGUGCAGACCAAGGGCACCGGCGCCUCGGGCUCCUUCAAGCUCAACAAGAAGGCGGCCUCCGGGGAGGCCAAGCCCAAAGCUAAAAAGGCGGGCGCUGCUAAGGCCAAGAAGCCUGCCGGAGCUGCGAAAAAACCUAAGAAGGCGACAGGCACGGCCACCCCGAAGAAGACCGCCAAGAAGACGCCGAAGAAGGCCAAGAAGCCCGCGGCACCUGCAGGGGCCAAGAAGGUGGCCAAGAGCCCUAAGAAGGUGAAAGCGGCCAAGCCAAAGAAGGCUGCCAAGAGUCCAUCUAAGGCCAAAGCCCCCAAGCCGAAGGCAGCCAAACCCAAGACGGCUAAGCCCAAGGUUUCAAAGGCCAAGAAGGCGGCCCCCAGGAAGAAGUAAGAUUGGAGCGGGACGUCCUGCUUUAAAAGUCUCAACGGCUCUUUUCAGAGCCACCCACAGAUCUCACUUUAAAGAGCUGAGCUGAUUUUAACUUUGUUAGUAAUGUGUUAAAUUUUGAUAUCAACUUAAAAUCUGCAAUUGAAUUGAGUUCCCGCCUUGCCGUGUGAUUGGCUAUUUAGUUCCCUGGCCAAUACGCACGGCGCGUGCGCAAGCGCGCAUGCCUAGACUUCCAAGAUGGUGCAGCCUGUUUGCCUUGCUAAUAAGGGCUUAUGUGUGCGUCGGGUUGUGCACUUAAUGGCCUGUGCUUUUCGCCAUAUCUGUGAUGUUUAUGGUCAUGUAACAUCUUGUAACUUCGCUGCUAGACGGAAUUGGUUUCCACGACUCGAGGACGCCUGAUGAGGGUAUCGAGCGCCGCUACCAAGGGCUCUGGCAAGCGAUAGCGUCUGCUCCCAGCAGGAAUGCAAGCAUUAUGCGGGACCAGGAAACCUAGGCUUCAGCGCUGUUUUGUCCCUUGCACCCAGGUUUGUUCAGAAAGCAAUAAGAGAAAGUAGUGUGGCAGUCGCGUAGAAUUUGAUUUCCUUUUUGUGUUGCUGGGCUGUUCCGAGAUUUAUCCAAUCAGAACGUGCCUUUUGUCAUGCCCGGGCGCGCAAUGGAAAGUGCACCAAUGAGGUCUAGAAUCUACUUGGUGCAUGUAAACUAGGGGUCUGUGGAAGAACCUGAGGUAAAGAUGAAAUUCUAAAGACUGCUUAGUGUGGUCAUUUUGUUUAUGUCAUCAAUUAUUGCACUCAUAAUGAUGCUAAAGUUUAGUAGAAAUAAUAAAGAGCAUCUCUUGUUCAGAAUCUACUCUUUUCGUUCCUAGAUUGCUUCCUCACUGGUCGUUGAGAAUCUAGGAAGCCAGGGAUAGCUUAUUUGGUUAGUAGACAAGGAAACAGGAGAGCAACACAGCAGAAACCUUUGAGCAGGUGGUACAGUUUGGAAUUGCUGCUGUGGUCUUCACGCAUUUAGAAAAUAGGCUGUAGGAAGAUGAGUUGACCUGGAUGGUCCAUUUCUGUUUUAUUCCCAUGCUUUAAAACUUUUAGAAAAUUCACUUAUAAAACCUGUCAAUACCAGUAUGCCAUAGAUGUUUUUGUGCUUCUGGUAGGGAGCAGCUACAUUUUUAUUUUUACAAACCCUGGGUUCAUUUUACUAAUUCCUUCAAUUAUGAAUAUAGAUAAUAGUGGAUCUUGAAGUACCUGUGACAUUUUCAACAUUGUUAAUCGUAAAUAUUUUCAUGUCAUUUCAAAGUUGUAGCAGGUACUGGCUUGCAUUCAUUUUGAGUUCUUCAAGCUCACAUUCGGUGUUUUGCCUGAUUCUAGACUUUAUAAUUUGAUAUGUUAUCAAACAUUAAAGUUUUGAUGGUUAAAGUCACUAACUCUCAUUCUGUAUUUAUUAUUAUUAUUAUUAUUAUUAUUAUUAUUAUUAUUGCUAUUAUAGUAGUCGUACUGGGGAUUGAACCCAGGGGUACUUAACCACUGAGGAACAUUCCCCCCCUUUUUAUCUUUUAUUCUGAGAUAGGAUCUGGCUACAUUCCUUAGUGCCUUGCUAAGUUGCUUUGGCUGGCUUUGAACUAGUGAUCCUCCUGCCUCAGCCUUUCAAGCUACAGGGUUUAUAGGCGUCUGCCACUGUGCCCAGCAACAUUCUGUAGCAGGUCCAGAAUGUUAAAUUGGCGGGACUAAAUCUCACAAACCCCUCAUGAUUAAAAUGCCCUCUUAGUCUUAUUGUUUAUAUUCCCAUAUUUGUGAAUACCUUAUUAAACUUUACAAUCUAUUUAAACUUCUCAAUUAAAAGUUAAGGAUAUAAAGUGUAUCUUUCUAUUAUUUUAAAUCUGGAGUUAACCUUUUUUUUUUUUUUGAACCCAGUCUGCAUCAUAUAAUUUCUUUUUUCAGAAGAAAGUUAAAAAUCCCUGUCCCUUCAUGACAGUGGCUUGGUUGAGAUUUGAAUCAAUGGAGACUGUGAAAUAUUAAAAAGCAAAUAUGAAGAUGGGAUGUCACAUUAAAUGAAGGCAGUGAAAACAGGUAUAACAGAUCUCUGGUUCAUCAAGGUUUAUAAAGAACUCUGUAGUUGCUUCCCUUGGGUUUUACUAUAGUGCACUGAUAUUAGGUAGAGUUAAAAUUCUUGUUUGAAAGUUAAGAAAAUUGUGCCUUGGAUGGAAGUAAUCACCAUAAGUGAGCAUUUGUUGUCAGUAAAUGAAAUGAACCUGGGUCUGACAAGUUCUGUAAUCCUACUGUCAUUCUUUCUCUGAUCACCAUCUAUGACAGAAAGAGUAGAAUUUUUUGUUUUUGUUUUUCUUAUACUGUUUAAGCUGAGAAAAAAGUAAGUUCACAUAUUUCUAUUAUAGGUUCAUUGGAAAUUAUUCGAGUCACAAUCCAUUUGGAAUGCAACUGAAGCAAUUCAACAUGACCUUUGAUUUAUGCCAAUUUGUGUCCUAUUCCUAGGUCUUGGAAAGUGUCUUGUUUGUAAGGUAGUGAGAACCUGAUUAUGUCUUCUUCCAUUUCCCAAUGUUUCAGAAGUAGUUUAAGUUGGCUACAAGAAGCAUCUUAGAAUAGAUGCAUAAAGAAGACCAAAGUAGGCUUAGUAUGGAAAGCAUGAGGGGUAUUUUGAUAAUUUUGAUAUUACCUUAGAUGAUGGAGGAUUCUGAUGAAUGUGUUGGAAGUCUGACAAAGUGAUUUUUAGGACCAUUCUGAAGUUAGCACUUCCUCUCUUCUGCUUAGUAACUGCUGGUUUCUUUAACUAUGGGGAGGCAAAGUUACUAUAUAAUAACUGUGGAGGCCUUGAUUAUCCCUCCCUGUUGGUCAUUAAGUCAAGGUAAUUUUUAAAGAUU